GGUGCUGGUCGACCCAGCCCAGCCGCCCCCCGCACCAGACCCCGUUCUCGGCGCGGGGAGGCCGUCGCCGAAGGCUGGGGGGCCGUCGAGCGCCGCCGUGGUCGGCGGCGAGGCGUGCAGGUGCGGGGGUUACCACCGCGGCUGCAGGCUGGGCCCAGCUGGCGAGGCGCCGGCGCCGGCGCCGGCGCCAGCCCAGCCCGCUCUGGCGGCGGUCAAAGGCGGCGUCGGCAGCGCUGCCGUUGCGGGCACGGCGGCUUGCAGGUGCGGCGGCUACCACCGGUCGUGCAGGCUGGCCGGCGACCCCGUCCGCCCCACGCUGGCGCCCGAGAGCCCCACGCCCGCCGCGGCGCUGGCGCGGGAGCGCUCUCGCCGCUCGCCGAGCACCGCCGCGCUCGGCUCCGGGCCCUGCCGGUGCGGCGGCUACCACCGCGCCUGCCAGCUGCGCGCGCCGCAGCCGCCCCGCCGGGCGGCCGAGGCAGCCUGCCCGGCCGCGGCGCUGCGCAAGGGCAGGGGUCGCCUCGCUGCCUCCGGCCUCGGGGCGCGGCGGUGCGGGUGCGGCGGGUACCACCGCGGGUGCCGCUGAGGCUCGGCAGGGCCGCGCCG